GAGCGCCGCGCUGACAUCUCGAGGCUCGCGCGGGGUCAGGUCCACAUCUCGUUAUCUUUCCAGGAGAACGUGCGCAGCCCUCGCGCGCUGUUAUCUGAAGCGCCGAAGAGCCGCGGCGGCGGAGCGUUUAGCCCGGUGUGGAGCCCCCGAAACACAGAGAUACUGGACUUAUUUCUGGUUUCACUGCCGGAUUUUGACACGGAGGACACUUGCUACUGAAGGGAGCGAGGAAGACUUCUGGAAAAAUGCUGGUUUGUCGGUGGUGGUUGCAGGGCGGUCGCUAGGUUGCAGCUGUCUGUCAAGGCUAACAUGGAACGAGAGGGCUCGUUUAGGAGGAUUUCGAGGAGUCUCCACAGCAAGCUCAGGCUGGGCAGCGGCUCGUCCUCCAGUCUGACUGACCUCUCGCAGGCGAAAACCCCAGGAGGAGGAGGAGGAGGAGGGGAUAAGGGAGGAAUAACGGGAGGACUGGCAGAGGAGUGCAGCAAGGACAAAGGGACCCAGCAGAGAAGAGCCGGGGCCAACGCCACCUGGAACAGCAUCCACAAUGCAGUGAUAUCAGUUUUCCAGAGGAAGGAUCUUGGGGAAAAUGAACUCUACGCUUUGAAUGAAGGUGUCAGGCAGCUGCUGAAGACGGAGCUGGGCUCCUUCUUCACUGAGUACCUUCAGAACCAGCUGCUCACUAAAGGCAUGGUCAUACUGAGAGACAAGAUCCGCUUCUACGAAGGUCAGAAGUUACUGGACUCCCUGGCCGACACAUGGGACUUCUUCUUCUGUGAUGUUCUGUCCAUGCUGCAGGCCAUCUUCUAUCCUGUACAGGGAAAGGAGCCAUCAGUGCGUCAGUUGGCUCUGCUCCACUUCAGGAACAUCAUCACCCUCAACCUGAAACUGGACGAGGCUUUGUCUCGACCCCGAGCCAGAGUUCCUCCUUCUAUCAUACAGAUGCUGCUAAUACUACAGGGAGUCCAUGAAUCCAAAGGUGUGACAGACGACUACCUUCGCCUGGAGUCUCUCAUCCAGAAGGUGGUCUCUCCCUACCUCGGCACUCAUGGCUUAUAUUCCAGAGAUGGAUCCUCCAAUUUGCACUGCUCCUCCUGCCUUUUAGAAAAGCGUUUGCAGCGCUCCUGGCCCUCCAAACCAGGCAACUCCCCCGUUGCCAAGAACCCAGUGGUACGCUCCAAGAGCUACAACGUUCCCAUGCUGACCCCUGUGGUGGAGUACGACGUGGACUCCUCCGCAGGAGGUGGCGCAGGUAUCAGACGGCACUCCGUCUCUGAGAUGACGUCCUGCUUGGAGGAGAGCAGCUCUGUGGCUGAAUCCACAACCACGGCCACCAACAACACCAGCACAUCGAGCCUCGCCAACCACUCUCCAGCUUCCACAGCCUCUGCUGCACUUUCAGACACUGUGACCUCCAACCAGGACCCCCGGCCCAGAGACGCCGACAGCCCCCACCCCCUCCACCAACAGCAUCACUCUCCCUGCAUCCUCCCUGAGCCUUCCCCAGGCGAGGACACACACUGCACAGGCUCGCUGGUGUCCGACUCGCCGGCGUCCUCCAGAGUGCUGGCUCAGGACACGAGCUCGGGCCCCAGCCCUCCGUCCAGUCCGGAGAUCGUGAUGGACCACAUCCUGGAGUCUUUGGACUCGGAGCCGGAGCACGACGGCAUCUUUCUGGACUUCUCCAGGCGUUGCUCUGGGGGGUCGACGCACAGCAAAGACAGCAGCCGGCAGAGCGUGACAUGACACACACACACUGAUGCAGGGACAAACAAUGCUGAGCCAUUCCUCGCUCCCUGUGACGCCUCCUCGAGAGGCUCAGCGGGGAUUCUUUCAAACUUUUAUAAGAAUUUGGCAUUUUUUAAGUGUAUACCCCCACCCACCAUCAGCUCUGGCCUUUCUGAGAAGCUACAAUCACAAAAAUCACUUUCAAACUAGUCUCCAGACGAGUGGUUUUGCUCUCUCAGAGGGGAUAUUUUCCCAGUUUUCACUCACGAAUGAAAACCUGGAAAAAGACGAACUAGCCAGUGGUGACAGGACACAUCCCAGGGGCAGGCGCACAUGCUGAAGAAAUGUUUUACUAAGACCAGGGCUGUUGAUUAGCUUUAGCUGUCAAAUUCAAACUUUUCACAUUUCAAAUGUCAAAGAAACUCUCCAGUUUGACCAGUGAUGCUUCUUCAUGGUUGGAUGAACUUAUUUUAUUAAUUGACAAUUAAAAUAUUUUGAAUUGUGGCACUGAAGUCUAAACCUGUUGGAUUCUGCUCCUCUACUACCAACCAAAACCCUUUAUUUAUGUUUUGUGCAGUGGUGGAAGACGUACUCGCAUCUUGUAUAAGUGCUGCAUUCAAAGUAUUAUCAGUAAAAUGUACUUAAAGUACCAGAAGUAAAAGUGCAGGAUGGCCUAUUUCAGAAUAAUAUACAUGAUAUUACCUGAUUCAUACUGAUGCAUUUAUGUGCUCAUCACUAUACUGUUGCAGCUGGUAGAGCUUAUUUUAAUUACGUUAUUUGUUGCUGGGUAGCUUAUUCUAUAAUAAUACAUCUAUUUAUUAGUUGAUCUCUAUUUUUUCUUAAUAAUCUGAAUCUGCAAAGUAAUUUGUAGUAACUAAGGUUGUCAAAUAAAUGUAGUGGAGUAGACGUAAAGCAACAGAAGAUGGCAGUACCUCAAAAUUGCACAGUACUUGAAAAAAGUGACAUAAAGACUAAACUGGUUUUGUCUUUAGCUUCUUAGACCAAAUCUGGAGGAUAUUGAGAGAUGUGUUUAUACAUCAGCUGAAGGGAAGAAGGCAUUAGAAUUGCAAUUGCAGUGUGUCAUAUUUUUGCUUUUAGGCCUCACAUAAGCUCAGUGACACAUUUCACGCCUCAUUGUUUUUUGCUGCUCUGAUGUUUGAGCAAAUCCAUCUUUCCUGGCACCGUCAAAAUAAAAGCCUGCCCCGCCGCUCAUUCAGUGAAAUCAGACUUCUGGUAGGUUUUGAGAAAAGAUUUAGACUUAUGGCAGAAAUGUAGCUCAGUCUUGAAGACGAUGAUGAACUCAGCCUUCGCAGUUUGCCAACAAGAUAACAGCCGACAUUGUUUCGCCUGCGUUCAGCUGUUUUCAAACCUUGGACCUCCUUCCUCCCACUUCCUGCCGAAUGCUAAUCGUCACUGAAACCCGCCUCUGCGUCAGCUCAGAGGAUGUGUGAUUCAUAAGAGUUUCUCAUAAGGAAAUGUUUUAGUCAAAGUGUAACUGAAGCUGUGUAGACAAAGGCCUCUGCUAGGAACGAGGGGAGAGUUUUGAUUUGCUUGUUUUCAUGGUAAUCAUUUAUAAAAAAGAAGAGUCUGCA